AUGGCGAAGCAUGUUAUUGUUGUUGUUCUUGUUUUCAUAUCUAUCAUUGAGGCAAAUUCUUCUGAUGUAUCACCGUCACCAGCUCCUUCUUCGUCUCCAUCUUCAGCCCCUGCUCCAGAUCGUAAGUCGUCUGCCGGUGCCCAAUCUCCGUCCCAUAUCUCCCCUGAAGGUGAUUCUGAUACUGAGGGCCCGAGCGAGGGCACUGAGGAAAGCGGCGAAGGACAUGGUGUUGAAACUCCUAAUGAACCUUCUCCUUCACCGGACGAUGACGAUGACGAUCAAAGUGAUUACACCGAAUAA